UAGGAAAAUGCGUUUGAGCAAUGACGUGGAUUGUCCUUCCGGUGCAUGUGGUUGGGAAAUGCCGCCUGUGGCCACACCUCAUCCCAGUGUAGCAGCAUCCCUCGCGUCGUCAUCACAUCGCGUCCGCCAGAGCCUGCUCUCUGCUGCUGUUUACGGAGCUUCUGUGAGGGAGGGGGGCAAGGGGAGGCUUCAGCCCCUGCUUGUGUCACCUUACUGUAGCAAUGACGACUGUAUAUACUGAAUUCGGCAUGCGCACUACUCGACUCGUACCUGGCAGAUGUGAAUGGAAUCAUCCCAAACUUAUAGAAGUUCCUGUUAUUGAUGUUGUUACAAAAGUGGAUCCAAUUGGUUACUGGCUUACUCAAUCAACUGAAGAGAUGAAAACAAAUUGUGAUUUUAUGAAAAUCUAUAUGUUGUGGCAAGUCCUGAUAGAUAAAAGUGAUGAUGGUGAUCAGCAGCUCCAUCCCUGGGUUUUACAAGUGAAAAAUAUGAAAGAUCUGGAUUACAUUGAACUAUUAGAAGAUCUCGCUGACCUAUUUAAAAAAGUAGCGAGUCGGUGGUUCUUUGUUGAUGAUAUACUAAGAAUAGGAAAUAAAAUGGACACCCCCAAGCGCAAGACAAAAAUUGCUGCCAUGGUAGAUGCAAUAAACUGGGUGCUGGAUACUGAAGACCGAGCUGUGUAUAAGAAAAUCAUGAGCGCACACGAUCAUCUUCGCAGUCUCGCCCUUUUCACCUUCUUUUACCAAUAUUCCUUUUUAUUGAACAAGAUGGGCGAGGAGUGCUGUUCCCUGACUGACAAAGUGAAGAAACACGAGUGUGACGAAUGUGAUAAGGAAUGUGACAGAAAGAAGAUUUGCGGUAAUGUCGCUUUUGAAAAGGAGCAGUACAUCAGUGCCGUUCAGUAUUACACUGCAGCCAUGCAAUACAGCCCCCAUAAUCAUAUCUUGUUCGGUAAUCGGGCUCUCUGCUUCAUUCGUGUGGGUGAUUAUUGGAGCGCGCUGUGUGAUGGGAAGAAAGCGAUUGUACUAAAGAACACCUGGCCAAAGGGUCACUAUCGUUUUUGUGAAGCCCUUUUUUUACUUGGGGAAAGAGAGCGUGCAGUGUCCUCGAAUGAAAAGGCGCAGGAAUUAUGUAGAUGCUGCCCUGAUGGUAUCCGUGACCUAGUGCAACAACAAUCAAAAUUCAUCCGAGACAUGGAGGAGGUGGCAGGAAUAAAAGUGAAGAAAAAUUCUAAAAAGAAAAGCAGCAGUGAGAAAAAGAUUGCAGCACAGUUCCCUUCUGCUGAGGAAAGCAAAGACCAUAAGGAUACACCAAGCAAGUCAGAAGAUACCCCUGAUAAGGAGUCCACCGCCGAAUGUAGCGCAGAAACCAAAGAAUGUACAGAAAAUGUAACCGCUCAACAACCUAAGAAGGGAAAAUUGAAGGGAAAAGGGAACGAUUCUGAGAAAUUAAGGGUUUCAAGUCUGAAUACUGAAACCCAAAGGACUCCGUCUCCUGGUCCUUCACAGAUUGAUUUAGCCACGGUCCAGGAUACGGUGAAGUCCCUUGUGCGUGAAGCUUAUGAAGCACUGAAUGAUAAGCGCUGUCGCAAUGCGGAGGGAAUAUUUUCUAAGCUCCUGGACAUGCUGGAGAAAUGUGACCUCCAGAGCUUAAAUCUGACAAAGCUAGAUUAUCUAGUACUCCAGUAUGGACAUGCGGUUGCACUGCUCGGUAUUGGACAAUGUGUGGAGUUGGUCAAGGCUGAAAACCAGUUCAAGGGAAUUAUACAGCACCACUCGAAGGAGAAGUUUAACUGUCUGGCUUUUUAUGGAAUUGGCAAUGUGUAUUUUAGGCAAAAUCGCUUUUCAGAUGCAUUAAAUCAGUUUAUUAAGUCAAAGACCAUGGUAAAUCAUAAAAUGGUCCCUGGUGUUUUAACUUGGCCUACCACAUCUGUAGUCAUUGAAGAAACUAGGCCUGAAAAAUUACAGGUUCUCCUAGACAAUUGCAUUGAAGAGUGCAAGUUUCCACCUAAACCCGAUGCUAUUUGCCGCUAUGAGCAGUGUUUAAGCUUGCCUAAGGCUCAGAUCUAUUUUUCAGACCCUGAUUUCAAGGGCUUUAUACGCAUCGUUUGCUGCCAGUUCUGUAGAGUUGAAUUUCACGUUUGCUGUUGGAAAAAAAUGAAGGCCAUGUUGUAUUCCGAUAAAAAUGACAAGGAUUUCCUAAAAUAUACUUGUCUCACUCCAGACUGCAGAGGAUUAAUUUCUCAUAUUGUAAUAUUUGACUCUAUUGCACAAGUGAAAUGCGAGUUUGAAGAUAAAAGUGUAAAGAAGAAAGAAUCACAGAAGUCAACAGUGAAACAUAAAGCCACCAGCAACAAAAGCAAUAAAAUAAAGUAUGAAAAUAAAUCCGAGCGCAAGAAGGCUAUAGAGGAGGAAGAGUGUGUAGGAAAUCCCGAUGACCAUAGAAAGCAGCCCCAGGAAGCGAUCCUAGCCGAAGCGGUCGGGACUAAUGGCUACCGCGUCAAAUGGGAUCCUUUAUUGGCACAAGUAUUAAAGAAGGAGGGGCUGAUAAAACGCGGGUGUCCCGUCAGCUUUCCGAGUUUUUGGGACUCUGUAUGUGUAUGGAGGAUUAUAAGUCAGGAGAAACUGGACGAGAUGGAGAGAAAUAGCAGCGCACAAUCCUUUAGUAAAAUGAAGAGUUUUCUAACCUAUUUGUACACAUUACAUGAUAGGGUGAAAACCAGAAUAUUUCUUUAUUUGCUGUUCUUGCAGAAGGAACAAAUAACCGUUAAUCUGCACGACUGGCUUCUUAUAGUAGAUAAUAAAGGUUUGGAAGCUUCUGUAGAAUUUCGGGACCGUAAUCGAGAACGUCUGAAAAAUAUUAAUCUGGAGACUGUAGUGACUUUAUGGAAUGAAACCUAUGGCAAGAACAUAAACUAUAUGAUAACAGACUGCUCCUCCAGCAGCGUGUUAGACUUCCUAACUAGUAUGAAUAUAGACGGGUUCCGGUGUUUCUUAUGGCUUCUUGAAGAAAACAAGCAUAUUACGUCAGAGUGUGGCCUUGAGAAAGAAUUAGAAAAAUAUUUUCAAGAGAUGGAUAUACCACGUGGUCAAGUUCCCAAGCAAUCCUUUGAAAAUUACAAUAAUAACUGUAUGAACCUUAAAAUUAAACACAAGAAAAAGAAACGGAAUCAGCCAGUAAAGCCAACUUACAAGCUGUCGGGGGCGGUCAGUACUAGAUCACCGGAUGAGGAUAUUUUUACUGAAGAAAAUACUUUAAGCCUUCUGGACCCCAACGAACCAUUUUUGAUUCCGGAAUCCUUGCGCAGUGAUGUAGAUGAGUUUGAAGCCCUCUAUGAGCUGGGUUUCCUUAGAGACAGUGAGCCGGAGCUGGUGGUUAAUUUCAUAGACCCGAUCCAGGAAACCCUUUAUGAGUACUUCUAUCAGAUUUUAGAUGAAUACGGUCCUUUGAAACCAGACGAUGAACGUUUAAUUGAAGAAUAUAAAGAUUUUCCGGAAGAAACUCGGAGGAUGGUGGAAGCGGCCGGCAGUCUUAAGAACUUCCUGUUGCAGUCGGACGAGUUUACCAUUGUGGACGACAUGAUUGCGCUAUCAGCUACCUAUGAUAAUCCCUUUAGAGAAGAUCAAGCAAAUUAUCUACUAAAUCCCACAGCGGAGGAAUUCACACCAUGCUCUACUACCCUUGCAUUUAAUAAUGUACAGUCAUAUGGUCCUGCCGGCCACGAUGAUUAUAUGUCUGCCAACUCCGGUGCCACCGUCUCUUAUAGUGACUUGGAUUUAAAUUAUAGGAAAUUUGCUAAACCGUUUAACAGUCCCCACUUAAGUACUUUACCUGAUGCAGAUUUUGGCCUGACUGGGAAUCACUCUUUUGAACAUCCUGUCCUAGAUGAAGAUUUGGAUGAAAUACAUGACUACACUAGCAAUGACUCAUCUAGUAUGUAUGAUUAUUCCGAAGACGACGAUGAUGAUGAUGAUGAUGAUGAUGAUGAUGAUGAUGAUGAUACAGUUCCUGAACCAAAUACUGAUAAAAGCCAAGAUAAAUCAUGUGUAGAAGAAUCAGACCAGUUGAAUUAUAUGGUCACCUCUAAGAAUGAAAUCCUAAAAAAAAAUAUUCAGACUGCUAUAGUAUCUGUGCAGGUGGACAUAGAUUAUUCUCACCAUGAAGUUAAUACUGAACCCUUCCAACCCUUCGAGACACAGCAGGGGGAUAUUUUACGUAUGGAAAAAGAACAUACAGUGCUUAAGUACCAGCUGCUAGAGACAACUGAAAAAUAUGGAAACUUGCAUAAACGAUACCUGGAAGAAAUAGCGGAUCUGCAAGAGCAGAUUAAAAACACCGUAGAAAGCAAUAAGAUCGCAAAGAAAGAACUGGUCUGGCUUCAACAGGAAUACGAAAAUGAGACCAAAAAAUGGAUGCAGGAGAGAAAAGAAAAUCAGGACAAGCUGAAGGCUCUGAAGAGUAACAUUAAAACACUUACAGAAAGCAAUGAUCGAUAUUCAAAGGGUAUAGUAGAGAAGAAAAAGCAGUAUGAAAUCUACAUAAAGGACUUCGCAAAGACCCAUUGCAGUAAAUUCGAAAAUGAAAAGGCAAAGUUGGAAAGUCAGAUAUCUAAGAGCGAGGCAGAAAGAGAGGCUGCUGCACAAAGGGCUGCCAUGGCCGAGGUUAUGGUCUUAGAAAACCAAAAGCAAGCUGAAUUAUUAAAACUCCAACUGAAAGUUUCUAAUGCAGAACAGAGCAUCAAAAUGUUAAAACCAGCGGCCAACAGUAAUCCGGUAACAUUAGAAAAGAUUAGUACUAUGGAGACUUAUGUGUCUAAACUGAAAAAAGAAAUGGACAAGUUACAGUCUGAAUUUGAUGAAAAAAUUCACGCUUUGAAAAAAAAUGCAAAGCUGAGUCCUACUGCACUGAAUGUGUCUGGUGUCAUGAGCCUGCCAACUACCACUGUUUUUCCAGAAUCUUCUGCAAGAAUUUCAGCUCCUGUGUUGACUAACCCUGGUCCAUCACCUGUCAAACUAUCUAAUCCAGUUCCUGUCAAGUCCCCAGUAAACAAAACCGCUGCCAAUAAAAAAGCCAAGCAGAAAUCUCCCAUCAAACCUCAGACACUUCCUGCAUCUAAUAGCGUUAAGCCUAAGGCCCCGGCUCCUUCUCCUGUAAAGGGUCAUGGGGCAACUGGCACUGACAGAAAGGGAAAUAGGCCGCCGGACAGCAGACUGCCUUCACCUGCAAAACCAACUUUAUUUGAUAAGAUCAUUGAGGAGCUCCAUGACGUAUUUCCACAUUAUAAAAGUUCUGAACUUACCAACUUCAUCAAGUAUUUCCGAGCUCGAAAUAGUGGGACUUUGUCUGGUUUAUCGCAUGAGGAUAUAAUCUGCAGUGUGACAGAAUACAUACUGGACUACCAGGCCAAGAGCCCUCCACCUCCAGCCUCUCCAAACACAACUGGACUGAAUGUGUCUAAUGUAGCAUCUGGUAUAAUCCAGCUUUCUUCACCCCAACCGAAGCACCCAUGGGGAGUGGUCACUGGAGGAGCCAAAGUCAAGUGGCAGAAUUCUAAUGAUUUAGAGUCCUUUGGUGAAGACCCCUGUAUAAUCUGCCACGAUGAGCUGAAACAGUUCCCAGUACACAAGCUGGACUGCGGUCACUACUUCCACAAGCAUUGUAUCAAGACCUGGCUCCACACUCAGAGCACCUGUCCAACCUGCCGAGAACACGCUCUCCUACCAGAAGACUUCCCUGUCCUCUCAGGAAGGAUGAGGACUGCAUGAUGCUGAUGCUCUCUUUAGACCUGAGUAGCUGUGAGAACGCCACCUGUUCACGCUCUGUUUUUAGCUUCUGGCUCCUUUCCUCCCAUGUACUUGCCUUGUGCCAGUCCGAUCCCGUGUCAUCAGUCUGCCCAGCUCCUGAGUUCUGAUUGCUUUGACCUUGAUUGUCACAACCUGGACUCUGCAGGCAUUUGCAUAUUUAAAGGGGUUUCUGUUUCAAUAAUUUUAACCCCCAAGCGUCCUGUGUAUAGAUAUGGCUAUUACAUGCUAGUUAAUGCUCCCUCUGCUGGCCUUUGAAUUGUCUUUCAGAAAAUCCCAUUAAUGUCUAGUGCCGGUGAGCAGAGGUCUCUGCUAGUGGCCGAUUCUCAUCGGUUGACCGCAAGGCGGCAGGAAUGACUCUGUAUACAAAGAGAAUGGGGACGAUGGGAAUGAGCUACUGAGCAUGUGCGACCAUUGGCAAUGGGGUGGAUGUUAUGAAAGGGAAUCAAAAGAACACCUGGGGGUGCCAUAACAAGUAACAGCAGUAUCUACACACAAGCCAUUUUUUCUAACCACUGGGAUUCCUGCCCGAGUAACGGAAAGUUCAAUCUUAUUUUACAAAAAAAAAAAACAGAGCUGCUUCCAUUGUGAACUACACAAUGGAUGGAGCUAAGUUCUGGUGUGUACUUUCGGCACCGUAGCUACGGAACAGCUGAUCAGUGGUGGGUGCUGGGUGUCAGACCCCUGCCAAUCAGAUUUUGAUGGGCCAUAAAUAUAAAAAUCCUGGACUUCUUUAAAGGAGUUAUCCCACAAAAAGUAGUAUGCCUUGAAUUGGGCAUUUCAAAUUAUGGAUUUUUGCAAUAAAUUUAUAUUUUUAUUUUUUUUAAUUUUUUUUUAAUGUAGCGCCCCCUGCUGUUUAUCCUUCUGAUCCACUUUCUCCUGCAGUCACUGUUGGACAGACAUGCUCAGUAGCUUCCGUGCUUCUUUCCCCUUAACCUCAUAGAGUGGCAUCUGAAGCAGCUCAGGCACCAUUUAUUUAUCUCUACUUCUAAAUCCAUAGAAAUACAUAGCCCUGUCUGAAUCUAGACAGCGGAGAAGGAAAUUGGGGGGGCUACAUGUGGACACCUGUCGUGCCCAGGAUCGCAGAGUAACGAUGAUCCCAUAGUAAUGUAUUGGUUUUCAGCAUGAGUCGCAAAAAAAUCCUGCAGUGUUGUAUUUCUAUGGGAUCACUGCUACUCUGCGAUUGCUGUUGCUCACCCAGUGUUGCCAUACCCUUACAUACCAUAUGUAUCUCUGGGGCUAUAUGUAAAAGGGAAUAUUUUCUUGUAGUAUUUGCAGUGCUUCCUGGGAUAUGCAGGUACUUAAUUGUCUCAUGUGAGCUGCAGUCUGCCCACAGAAAGUUGAGAAAAGGGAGUUAAAAAAAAAAAAAAAGUUUUAAAUUUGUGGGAUAGGCCCUUUUAAAGGGGUUGUCCGGGCUUUUACUACUAGGUCAUCAAUAACAGAUAGGAAGGGGUUCGACACCUGGCACCCCCGCUGAUCAUCUGUAUGAGCAGGUGGGUCACGCAGUGCACACGUGCCAUCUCCCGUCUCUCUUCCUGUUCACCGCUGAUGUCUAUGGCAAAGACCAUAGACUGCAGCAGUGGACAGGAAGGGAGACGGCACUGUGUGCGCCGUCUCCUUAUGCAGCUGAUCGGCAGGGGUGUCGGGUGUCGGACCCCACCGAUCUGAUAUUGAUGACCUAUCCUGAGAAUAGGUCAUCUAUAGUAAAAGCCUGGAGAACCCGUUUAAGUGCCUCUUGCCCUAUAACACCAGCCAUUGCACUGUUUUGUUAGUUUUAUUAUAAGCUGUGGCUUCCACUGUCGGUCAGCCUGCAGAAGCAGGUCACGCUGUGCAUUUUAUUAGGGCUAGGGAUGAGCGAAUCGACUUCGGAUGAAACAUCCAAAGUCGAUUCGCAUAAAACUUCAUUUCAAUACUGUACAGAGCACUAGUAUUAGAAUAUAUUGGC